AUGGUUGGUGCAAGCGAGAAUUACGAAGAUUUAGGGCAGUCGUCGAACUUACUGAAGCGUAAGAAAGAGGACUGUGCGGAGGAGUUUCUAGAGGCUGAAAUCAAAAGGGUAGCGCUCAAUGAUGAUGUUGAUGACAAAAAAGAUCAGGAUGGAGAGUUUCCGGAGGAAAACGUUGAACGCAACGGUUCGGUGAUGGAUUUAAAGAUAGAUAACGAUGGAAUUAGACAAGGAGAACAGCAGUUAGAUCCACAAGGUCGCUCUCACAGCAGCCAGCAAGAUUCGAACAUAGCACUCGAAAAUGAUCAAGAAUCAGAUAUUAAAGAUUACAUUCAUUUACGCAUGCUUUGUUUGGUUAAACAGGCCUCGAUGAUAGUGGGUCCGGGCGGUGAGAAAAUCUCCAAAAUGAAGGCAGAGACCAACACGCGAAUCAAUGUGUCGGACAAUAUUCGUGGAGUGCCCGAACGAGUUAUUUUCAUUAGGGGUAGAUGUGAAGACGUCGCCAAAGUAUUUGGGCUCAUAGUGCGGGCCGUCAACGGCGAAAAAGAAGGCGAAUCCACUCAAGUCUCAACCCCGUUGACCUUGAAUAUUUUGGUGCCACAUCAUAUGAUGGGGUGUGUGAUUGGACGCCAGGGUUCUCGUCUGCGAGAAAUAGAGGAUCUGAGCGCUGCAACCCUGAUGGCAGGCCCCCAGACCCUGCCAAUGUCGAACGAUCGAAUUCUUUGCAUUACAGGCGUGGCGGACGCUAUUCAUAUCGCCACCUACUACGUGGGCCAAACGAUUUUGAACCACAAGUCCUCGUUUGCCUUGAAAAAAUGCAUUUUCUAUCUACCAAGUGCACUGCACUCCGUGAUUGUCAACAAGUAUGGCGUCAGCAUGCAGCAGCAGCAUCAGCAACAUCAUCAGUAUAGACCAAUGGAAAACGGCAAAAAGCGAUUCCACCGUAUUGCGUCUGUUUCUAGCCCUCCUGAAUUCCCGUAUGGUUACAAUCCAGUCACCCCACACUCUGCAAACUUCACUCCUGUGGUGAGCGUCGAUCAUGUUAGACUCUCGGAUGCCGUGAGUGCUGCGCCAAUUAUGCCAGAGUUGACUCCACGACUAAGUUUGAUUCAGCACGAAGUCUACAUUGACAACAGCUACGUGGGAAACGUUAUCGGCAAAGGAGGAAAAAACAUCAAUUCGAUCAAAGAGAGCACAGGCUGCUCAAUCAUUAUCGAUGAUCCCGUAAGUGGCUGUAGUGAGCGGAAAAUACUAAUUAGAGGGACACCGACGGGAAACCAAACUGCAAUUCUAUUGAUAAACAACAAAAUCGAAAUCGACAAAAGGAACAAAGAAUCAAAAGAGCACAGGGACUCGGUUGGCAAUUCCGGCUUCUCAGGCUAG